CAAAUGUCGAAUCGCUGAACCUUCCGCAGACACACGAGGUUUUGACUGAAUGCUGGAUUAUAGACACUAAACAAUCAUGGGGAAGCAGAAGAAACAGAAAUAUGCCGCAAUGAAAAGAAUGAUCAGUCUAAAGGAUCAGAGAAUAAAAGAGAAGGAUCGACAAAAAGUACAGAAAAAAAAGAAAGAAGAUCCCUCAGCCAUCAAAGAGCAAGAAGUGCCAAAGUAUCCAUCGUGUAUGUUCUUCCAGUACAACACUCAGCUUGGUCCUCCCUAUCACAUCCUUGUGGACACUAACUUUGUCAACUUCUCUAUAAAAGCCAAACUUGACGUAGUCCAAGCAAUGAUGGACUGUCUCUAUGCUAAAUGUAUUCCUUGCAUCACAGACUGUGUCAUGGCUGAGCUGGAGAAACUUGGGAUGAAAUACAGAGUUGCCUUGAGAAUAGCCAAGGAUCCUCGCUUUGAACGCCUGCCAUGUUCACAUAAGGGAACAUAUGCUGAUGACUGCUUAGUGCAAAGGGCAACACAGCAUAAGUGUUAUAUUGUGGCCACAGUGGACAGAGACCUAAAGAGGAGAAUUCGGAAGAUUCCAGGAGUCCCAAUUAUGUACAUCUCCAACCACAGGUAUAACAUUGAACGAAUGCCGGACGAUUAUGGUGCACCAAGACUAUAGUUAAGAAGGAGUGGUCUUGUUUUUUUUUUUACAUGGAUUUCUCAACAAAUUUAAAUUGUACAUAAAUUGCACAUUUGGAUUUUUUGGUCAUUUUCUUUUUUCUUUCAGUAAAAAUAAACUUGUUGUGAAUUA